GGAGACGCACAGGUGGAGAGAGCUGGAUGGCCUUUUGCUCACACACAGACACCCAGAAGGAGGGAGAGCAAGCGCGCACGUGUGAGAACUGAGGAAGGAAAGAGUGAGAGAGCCAGACAAGGAGAGGGAGAGAAAGAAGGAGAGAGAGAGAGGAGGAAGAGAAGCACAGUAAGAAGCCACCCUCCUCUGACACACACACACACACACACACACACACUCAAAAAACAGAAGCCCAGAAGACCAGCAAGGAUGGGAAACAGCAAGAGCAGUGCCCUGUCCAAGGAGAUCCUGGAGGAGCUGAAAAUGAACACUAAGUACACCGAGGAGGAGCUCUUCACCUGGUACCAGAGCUUCCUCAAGGAAUGCCCCAGCGGACGCAUCACCAAAGAGCAGUUCGAGGGCAUCUACGCCAGCUUCUUCCCGGACGCCAACUCCACUGACUACGCACGGCACGUCUUCCGCAGUUUUGACACCAACGCCGAUGGCACGCUGGACUUUAAGGAGUACAUUGUGGCCCUGCACCUCACCUCGUCUGGGAAGACCACGCGGAAGCUCGAGUGGGCCUUCUCGCUCUACGACGUGGACGGCAAUGGCACCAUUAGUAAAAAUGAGAUCCAGGAAAUUGUCAAGGCAAUAUUCAACAUGAUCCCGGCUGAGGGCCAGGAGGAUCUCCCGGAUGACGAGAACACACCGGAGAAGCGAGCAGAUAAAAUCUGGAACUAUUUUGGAAAGGAAGAUAAUGAUAAGAUUAAAGAGGGGGAGUUUAUACAGGGUGUGUUGGACAACAAGGACAUCCUCCGGUUGAUGCAAUAUGAUGAGCCUCAGAAGAUCCAAGACAAACUGAAGGAAAAGAGACAGUAAAAUGCUCAAAGGAUGACCUCGAUCACUCAUCGGUCUCUGUCAAGACUGUUCAAAGCCUCAUUGUUCACAUACAGAACACAUACACAUAACACAUACACGCAUACAUACCUACACGAAUACACUCCCUGACUCUAUUCAUAGAUCAAGGGACCUGAAUAUGUGAAAGGCUGGACACAACCAUGAUCACAUCUGUGUUCAUUCCCUUAUCCACAUAGCAUGUUCCAGUCAGUUCUAAGUCGUGGUUUGACCAUGGCACACUCUGCAGCACACUCCCAGUGGGGUUCUCAAGACCAGAGGACUGUGGGCCAACCCACAGCAGGGGUUCUAAUCAAUCCUAGAGUUCUAUUCAAACUAGGUCUCAGUUCACUGAGUGAUUACUAACACCUCACACAACUCAUCUGAAAGCAACAACAAUACCAGACAAACCCUUGACAGAGCCAGUGUGAUGCUCUGGGUAAUAACCGUCCGUCAGAUGAAUCCUUUUAGAAUCGAUGUAAUUUUAGAUCAUUAUGGGCAAUUGUCCUGAAUAGGUAGAUAAUUAUGAUGUUGUCUUGUGAAGUGUGCGGAACAAGAGAAAUGGCUCCUAUAAGUGAAUGUGUUCCAGUAAUGCAGUGUGCUUCGUAGGACUAUUUUGAUAGAUCUUUGCCGUCAUCAGCAGGCUAACUUACAACCCUCCUUUUUCCACACUUACCAUCCCAUUGGGUUCAUAGACACUGCUAUCGACUUGUUAAGCCCAUACAACUCUCUGCCUCACAGUCACGUGACCGUACUUGCCUUUUAGACAGGUGGAACUCUUGUGUGUUUUGCUUGGGUGAAAUAAACUAUUGACAUUUCAGAAACUUCACACCUUGUUCAGGUGAGAUGAUUAAUGUCAAGUCACAUUUGGCAUACUUUGUACCAAGUAAUUCUUUUCAAGGUACAGCGAUGUAGUUUUGGUCUCCAAAUCACUGCUGGUUAUGUUAAGUGAAGAUGUGUUAACUUUUUAUGGACCUAUUUGUUGCUUUUAAUAAACAAAAUCUAAUUUCAA